ACUCUACCGCUCAUGCCGCUGCAAGUCACGGAUGUCAUCCUAUUUGUCGAGAUGCCCGGGGAAGCACUUCACUUCCCGUAUUAAUUAUUAUAGGCACUUGCAGUGGGCAACAAUGGUUUACUGUAAGGCUGGCAAGACCUUGGUUUCCAUGAGCGUGGUGGUGCCCUUGUCAGCUUGACCGAAGCAACUUUCCCGAAUGAACAUUCUUCCAAUAUGCCCAUCUUGGCUCGUACUGUGUACGACUCUAACAUGUCCCGAUUCGGGGGACGUCUACGGAAUACAGCGGCUACUUGCAGGCGGCUGCCGGCGCGAUAAACAUCUCAGGCUUUCGGUAGUGAUUUCGAUGAGUGGAUCGUAUUACUCGGACCCGAUCGACGGAGCUCCUUACGGGGCUGUUCAAAGACCGGUUUCUUGUGUGCCACUCGCCCCGUUCGGAGCCCAUCUGCCCAUUGAUUGGUGCUCCAGGUUUCCCCCGCGAAACGUUCACCAUCUGGGUCAGGGCUUGACAUAUAAGGAGAUCAGACCGAUGUCACACGAGCGCGCGCAACGACUUCUGCUGUCCACCAUUCAUCGGGGCAUUCGGUCUCGCGCUGGAGACUAUCCCGGCCCAGACAUUGCUCGGUCCGUCAAAAGGCAUAUAGACAGCCCUCAGCCUGCUGUUCCUCGGGGCUUAAUUGGAGCCCAAGACGAUAAUGACCCUCCACGGAUCAACAACGCCACGAGGAAGAGUGAAACACUGGCAACGAAUUGCUUACCCACCGAAAAGCCUCCCGUACGCCUUGAAGCAAUUCCACCGGUCUCUCGGUCGAGACGUCCAUGAUCCGUCGCUCAAGUCAACACGUUGCCGCACAUCGUGGCAUCAUGCUUCACUUGCUGCCCUACGGGACGCCUACUUCAACACGGACAUUAGUGUCUUCGAUAUGAGGAUUUCCUUCUGUACUGCCGACAUCGUGCAGUGUUUGCGAUCGUGGCAUUUGG